CUGGGCUGCUCCUCAAAGGAAAUGAGGGAAAAGAUCUACCAUUGGUUCUGUGGGCACUUAGAGAACCGGAGUGUGCCAGGCGGGGGCAUACCAUCCACACGUGAGCCUUUUACCCCACAGUGGGGUCUGAUACCCACGUUGGGUGGGUGUGCCAGGAAAGGCAGUCAGAGAGUAGACCCAGACCAUAGCAGGACAGACUUGCGCCUAGGCUUCUGUUGGGGCCUGUCUGAAGCUCUCCCUCCCCGUGUGGGGAGGUCGCAUCUAGCGGUGCACAAGGCCACUCUUUGCUUUACAGACACAGGUGAAGGGCUGACAACACCCGUGCCCACCACACAGCCUGCGACACUUCCCAUGAUGGCCAUUCUAGCAGGUGAUGGAUUAUUUGCAACCACAGACACAAUGGAGCCUGCGGCCCUGCCAGCCACACCCACGCCCCUGGCAGGAGCUUCCAUGACCGUGAGGCUGGUGAAUGGCACAGGGAGGUGCUCGGGCCGAGUGGAGGUUCUCGUCCAGGGCACAUGGGGGACCGUGUGUGAUGACCUCUGGGACCUGGCUGAGGCCACAGUCGUGUGCCGCCAGCUGCAGUGUGGCCAGGCCGUGGCGGCACCCACGGGGGCCCACUUCGGGGCAGGCUCUGGGAAGAUUUUGCUGGACGACGUGCAGUGUGCGGGCAGCGAGAGUCACCUGGGGCAGUGCGUGCACAGGGGUGAGGCCGGGCACAACUGCGGGCACCUGGAGGAUGCUGGUGUCAUCUGCACAGCCUAUGAGAACCUACUUCCCACAUCAGUGACUCAACACCCACCUUCUUCUGCACCUCCAGGAGGCUGGGCCCCCGUGCGACUGGUAGGUGGCCACGGGAGGUGUGCAGGCCGCGUGGAACUCUUCUACCAGGGAGUCUGGGGGACCGUGUGUGAUGACCUCUGGGAUCUGUCAGAAGCAAACAUCAUCUGCAGGCAGCUGGGGUGUGGCUGGGCCAUUUCAGCCCCAGGUGAGGCCCACUUUGGGGAAGGAUCUGGGAAAAUCCUCCUUGACAAUGUGCGCUGCAGGGGGGAUGAACAGCACCUGGAGGAGUGCUCCCACAUCGGCUGGCUUUCCCACAACUGUGGGCACGGAGAAGAUGCCGGCGUGAUCUGUUCAGAUGCUGAAUAUUCUAUGGCCACACCACCAGAUCACCCAUUGGCCCUCACAGCAGGGACAAUGAUGGCAGGUGAGACUUUGGUGUCCUUGGCUGCUCUGACCACCAUCUUCCAGCUCAAGCCCUGAAGUGGUUCUCCAAGGAAAUGGAGCAAAAAUACUACUGCCCUAUCUGGCUCAU